CAUUCGCGGAAGGUGGUUCUUGUAGUUCCAGCUUCGGAACUAGCUGAGUUGGAAUAACAAUUGUUUACGCGUCGUCCAUAACAACAACAUAAGAAACGAGAAGAAGAAGAAGCAAUUGCAUCUGCUGCAACUUGCUAGGAUUAGGUUUAGAUGCUUGAGCUUCAGAGAAUAAUGCUGAAGGAAUGAGCGACACUGAUACUGACGACACGGAUUUGUUAUUGCUGAUACCGCCGAAUUACUACACCAAGACAGCAGAGCGUCUGUUGGAGGAGGUCAAGAUGAGCGUAGCACAGGCAGCAGAUUCAUUGGCCAUGCCACCGCCAGCACCCACCACAGCUGCUUAUCAGUUUCUGCAUCCUAGUAAGAAAACGGAACUAAAUCACAUAAAUGCCCGCCUUCAAAAUAUGGCACUUGAGGAUAAUCUUGAAAAUCAAGAGAGGCUUCACUUUGAUGCUCCAUCGGAUAUAUCCACAAUUUCGACGAAUACGGUAAGAACGGCGGCGGGUAGCAGCAAACAGCCCAGGGAAUUGCAUGGCAUGGUCCAUUCCACACCCAAAAGUGUAUCGGUCGAGCCGAGGAGUCGUCACAUGGAUGACAAUAUACUGCAGGAGAUUGACCACUAUUUGGAUGAAAAAGUGCCGACCAAUCGCUGGCAGCAUCAUCAUCAGCAACAGCAACAUCAUCACAGUGACGAUCAUUUGCGUGAUGGACGCUCAAUGAUGCAGCACCAGCAUCAGGAGCAGGCAGCCACCUCGUUGCCCAGCAUACGUCUGGGAUCUAGUUGCACUGCUGACAAUAAACUGAUCAGUCUGAGUGAGCUAUGGGGCAGAAGCAAUGCGGGAGCAACAGUUAUCACCCAGCAUAGUUCGCCAAAUCCUCCCGCUCUCAAAGAAGAGCAACUGCGUCGUCAGCAUUUGGAAAAGACAGUUCAUGGCCUGCAAUCACAGUUGCUGGAAUAUCAGCAGCGCAUUUCUGUUGCAAUCGAAGUGGAUCGGUCUAAGGAUGCAGCCCUGAGCAAUGCGGAGCAAGCAGCAAAGAAUCUCAAUUAUGAAGUACAACAAUUGCGCGAUAAUCUCCAUCGCGUGGAAGCGGAGCGCAAUGAUAGUCAGUCCAAAAUGGAUGCACUGCAGCAUGAGCUGGCUCAGGCAGUGAAUUUGGCUACUAAAUUCCAAGAGAAGAAUGAGAAAUUGGAAGCAGAACUGGAACAAAACAAACGGGAGAACAACAAUUGGCUGGAAAAGCUGGAAGAACUGGAACUCCAGCUCCAGAGCAGUAAGCGGGCAGAGGAACUAUCUCACGGAGAGUUGAAUAAGCUUAGGGAUAAGUUCGCCAAAGUCGACUAUCAACAGGAGAAGCACAAGGCUAGAAUCGAGGAGCUUGAGAAGGACAACAGCACUCUGAGGCAUCAAAAGGAAAUGCUGCAGGAAUACCAUCAAAAACAAAAAAGUCGAGCUGAUGCCUUAGAAGCGCAACGUAAAUCUCUACAAGAAACCCUAGCAAAUCUAACAGAAAUUGAGACCAAUCUCAAGAAGAAACUAGAGGUGCAACAGAAAUCGCUGAAAUUAUAUUACCAACAGCAAAUGGAAAAUGUGGUUAGCAAAAAGCUGCAAGAGUUCCAGGAUCAACUGGACAAAUCCGAGGAGCAUCUCAAGCAAGAGGCCAGGGAAAGGGAACGUCUGAUUGCUGAACGAGCAGUGAAACAAUUGGAAAUGAUCAAUGAGAAAAAUAAUCAAGAAUUGAAUCUUAUUCAGGAGAAACAUAGCGAAGAAGUGGAACUCUAUCGCCUGCAAUCGGCCAAUGCCGAGAAAAAGAUUAAUGAACUGGAACUCAAGUUGAGUUGCUACAAAACCAAAAGAGCUGACAUCGCCGAGAAGCUGCAUGGCGUCAUGGAGGCGCAAUGGCAACAGGCCCUAGCCAUACUCACAUCACCCAGUCAAGCAUCUCUGGUGGCAGCUAGCGAUACAGACAGCGAGUCGCCAGAUUUAAAUAAUGCCCGAGUCUAUCCAGAUACCCCAAAGACAAGUAAAUCUCAGCGUAGCAAUAAUACCGAGAAAAAUAAUCUCGAUGUCUGUGGUAAGAGGGAUCCACCCUCGCCCAUGGACAAGCUGCAGGCUUAUAUUGAGCUGCUGCUAAGUAAAUCUCCUAGUGAUUUUGACAAAUUGGAUGAGAUACUGGCCCUUUCGAUUAAUAAGAACAGCUCCAACAACAGGACAAUCGGCAAGCGGGCUUCCUCCUCCUCAUCCUCGAAACAUCCUCCACCGCCCUGGAAAUGCUGACAGUAUAUUCAUUCAACAUCUAACCAAAUUGUAUUAAGCAAUAGUCUGAUGCCCAUACAGGGGCAGGAGCACGAUCUAAAAGAAUAUCUAUUUUUGUAUGCCUUUUACUUAAAAAUUAUAAAAGUAAAUUUAAUUUUGUUGCAAAA